AUGACACCAUCUUUAUUUGUUAAGGAAAUUGCAAUCACAGUAUUUGGAAUUGAGGCAUUACGUGCAAGCACAGUGACAGGUGGCUUAUCCAAUAGAAUUAAAAAUAAGUUUCCUAAUGCAAAACCACCCUCAAAGUUGGAUUCUAUUAAAAUAAUGGCAAUUAGAGACAUUACCUCCUUUUGGAUUAAAAACAUUUCAAAAAAAGAUGCCAAUUUUGCCGAAAUGGAGAAACUAAAAGUUUCAAAUUAUAUAUCUCACAAAAUCUCAGAGCUUAAGAAAAAAGAUAAAAAAUUACAGAAUAUAAUUGGAAGUGAAGUGUACGCCCAAUGGGAAAUGCCAGUGUAG